AUGCCACCUUCGGGAGUCAAUGUGGAUACAAAUUCCUCAGUGCGCUCGAGAAAAACCCGUCUGGCUGCUCUGGGGUCUUCAUUGAAAAACGAGGCGUCUGCUGAAGACUACGCCGAGUCGAAGUAUGAGGAGUCCACCACCAACGCUCUACUCAAGUUGGAGAGCUGGUUGGCCCCCCUUGUUUUCACUGUGGCUUCGUUUCUCUUGAGGGCAUACAGAAUCUCUGUCAACAACCACGUUGUGUGGGAUGAGGCCCAUUUUGGCAAGUUCGGCUCCUACUACUUGAGACACGAAUUCUACCACGACGUCCACCCUCCUUUAGGUAAGAUGCUCGUGGGUCUUUCUGGUUACCUUGCCGGCUACAAUGGCUCCUGGGACUUCCCUUCCGGCGAGGCGUACCCUGAGUACAUUGACUACACCAAAAUGAGACUCUUCCAGGUGUUGUUCUCGGGCUUGUGUGCGCCAGUGGCCUACUUCACAUGUAAAGAGAUUGGCUUUUCGCUUCUUUCCACUUGGCUUUUCACCACCAUGGUCACCUUCGAGCUAUCCUACGUGACCCUUGGCAAGUUCAUCUUGCUUGACUCUCCGCUUUUGUUCUUCACCACCGCCACCGUGUUGGCCUUUUCCCGCUUCAACAACUUCAAUACCCCCAACAAAGAGUUCUCCCGUAAAUGGUGGAAGUGGCUCUUGAUAACUGGUGUGUGCAUUGGCUGCACCAUGUCCACCAAGAUGGUAGGUUUGUUCGUCACCACCCUUGUAGGUAUCUACACUGUGGUUGACUUGUGGAACAAGCUCGGUGACAAGUCCAUUUCUUGGAAGAAAUAUCUCUUUCACUGGGCUGCUAGAAUUGUGGCAUUGAUCAUUGUGCCCUUCUGUGUCUUCUUGGUGUCUUUCAAGAUACACUUCGACCUCUUGUACAAGUCCGGUACCGGUGAUGCCAACAUGUCUUCCCUAUUCCAGGCCAACUUGGAAAAUAGCGAUGUUGGUGGCGGUCCAAGAGACGUUACCAUUGGCCACUCCUACGUCACGCUCAAAAAUCAAGGUUUGACGGGUGGCUUGUUGCACUCGCACGUUCAAACCUUCCCUGAGGGCUCCAAGCAACAGCAGGUGACCACGUACUCACACAAGGACUCUAAUAACAACUGGAUAUUCCAAAGAGCCCGUGGUCUCCCUUACUAUGAGCCAGAAACUAACAAGGAACCUGAGUACGUUCUUGACGGUAUGACUGUCAGACUUAUGCACCCAAUGACAGGAAGAAACUUGCACACCCACGAAAUCGCUGCUCCUCUUUCCAAGUCCGAAUGGGAAGUUGCCGCUUACGGCAACUUGACCAUUGGUGACCUCAAGGAUAACUGGAUUGUGGAGAUCAUGGAGUCUCACGGUAAAGAGGACUCUUUAAAAUUGCACCCAUUGACCACAUCCUUCAGAUUGAAGAGCGCUGCUUUGGGCUGCUACUUGGGUGUUCCUGGUAACUCAUUGCCUCAGUGGGGUUUCAGACAAGGUGAGGUAGUCUGUUUCAAGAACCCAUUCCGUAAGGAUAAGAGAACGUGGUGGAAUAUCGAGAAUAACAGAAACGAGAUCUUGCCAGAUGCCCCUGAGGACUUUAAAUUGCCAAGGACCAACUUUUUCAAGGACUUCAUUCAGCUCAAUUUGGCCAUGAUGGCCACUAACAACGCCUUGGUGCCGGACGAUGACAAGCAGGACGACUUGGCGUCUAAGUUCUGGCAGUGGCCAACUUUGCACUCUGGUAUCAGAAUGUGCUCCUGGGCAAGCGACAAAGUCAAGUACUUCUUGAUUGGCUCUCCCGCAACCACCUGGCCCUCGACUUUCGGUGUCGUCUUGUUCUGCUUCAUCACUUUAUACCACUUGAUCAGGUGGCAGAGACAAAUAAACGAUUUUGCCGACCCACAUAAGCUCAAAACAUUUUUGAUGGGCGGUAUCUAUCCUAUGUUUGGUUGGGGCUUACACUUCAUGCCGUUCGUUAUUAUGGGCAGAGUCACCUACGUUCACCACUACUUGCCCGCAUUGUACUUUGCUAUGUUGGUGUUUGUCUACGAGGUCGAUGCCUUCACCGCUCCUUUGAAGCGCUCCACCACGCCAGCUAAACGUGCUGCUUACUUUGCUGUCUACGCUGUUUUGCAUGUUGCUGUAAUCGGAACAUUCUGGUACUUCAGAUGGAUCGCGUUCGGCAUGGAGGGUCCCAAGGAAGACUGGAAACACUUGGACUUGUUGCCUUCGUGGAGAGUUGCGAACGACAACUAUGUCUAA